AUGGCUAAAUCAUACGACUAUCUAUUCAAAUUGCUAUUAAUUGGUGAUAGCGGCGUGGGCAAGACGUGUGUAUUAUUCCGAUUUUCCGAAGACGCUUUCAAUUCAACUUUCAUCUCAACGAUUGGCAUUGACUUCAAAAUUAGGACCAUUGAACUCGAUGGAAAGAAAAUUAAAUUGCAAAUAUGGGAUACUGCAGGACAAGAGAGAUUUAGAACAAUCACUACUGCCUACUAUCGCGGUGCUAUGGGCAUUAUGCUCGUUUUUGAUAUCACAAACGAAAGAUCGUUCGAAAAUAUCAAGACUUGGAUAAGGAAUAUUGAAGAGCAUGCAGCCAGUGAUGUAGAAAAGAUGAUUUUAGGAAAUAAGUGUGACGUAGUUGACAAGCGUCAGGUUUCGAAAGAACAAGCACAACAGCUUGCAGCAGAAUAUGGCGUUAAGUUUUCUGAAACGAGCGCAAAAGAUGGUCACAAUGUAGAGGAGGCAUUCAUGACGUUAGCAAAAGAUAUUAAGGCUAAGAUGGAUCGGAAGCAGCAAGAAAACAAUAAUGGUGGUGGCUCACACAGUAGCCCGAAUGUUCAUGUCGGAUCACAAGGUGGUAAAGAUAAGAAGGCUAAUGCAAAUCGCUCCUUUAGCUGGUGUACGCUGCUGUGAUUGCAUCUCUGCUACCGUUCUAUGCUAAUAACAUCAAAUUUAAAAUCGGUAGAUUUCAAAUAUGAAAAUUAGUGAAUUAAUUCACCAAAAUUUGUGCAAAAUUUUCGCUAAAAUAUAUAUAUAGAUUUCUACUGUUGGUAAUAACGUUAUUUUGCGGCGUAAUUAUAACAAUACAUCUACGUAAUUAAGUCUAUAUAUAAUAUCUAGGUACAUUUUUGCACCAUUCGCCAAUAAAGGUGCUGUAAUGAAAUAGAUAUCGAAUUACAACCAUACUUAAAAU